UGUACAGAUGUUCUGUGCUGUAUGAUCUUCCUACUGUGUAUUGUUGGCUACAUUGUUUUAGGACUUGUGGCCUGGGUACAUGGGGACCCCAGAAGAGCAGCCUAUCCUACAGACAGCCAGGGCCACUUUUGUGGCCAGAAGGGCACCCCCAAUGAGAACAAGACCAUUUUGUUUUACUUUAACUUGUUACGCUGUACCAGUCCCUCCGUGUUGCUAAACCUACAGUGCCCUACCACACAGAUCUGUGUCUCCAAGUGCCCAGAAAAAUUUUUAACCUAUGUGGAAAUGCAACUUUUGUACACAAAAGACAAAAGCCACUGGGAAGACUACCGUCAGUUCUGUAAGACCACUGCUAAGCCUGUGAAGUCUCUCACACAACUUUUACUGGAUGAUGACUGUCCAACAGCGAUUUUUCCAAGCAAACCUUUUCUCCAGAGAUGUUUCCCUGACUUCUCUACCAGAAAUGGCACUUUAACAAUAGGAAGUAAGAUGGUGUUUCAAGAUGGAAAUGGAGGGACAAGAAGUGUUAUAGAACUCAGGGAUGCUGCGAAUGGUAUCAAUAAACUUCUUGAUGCAAAGUCACUUGGAUUGAAAGUAUUUGAAGACUAUGCAACAACUUGGUAUUGGAUUCUCAUUGGCCUGACGAUUGCCAUGGUCCUUAGUUGGAUAUUUUUGAUACUUCUGAGGUUCAUAGCUGGAUGCCUCUUUUGGGUCUUCAUGAUUGGUGUGAUUGGAAUUAUCGGUUAUGUGAUAAUACUCUGCAUCAUUGAAGUGAUUGUCAUCCUCAUGCUGAUCUUCCUCAGGAAUCGAAUCCGAGUCGCCAUUAUCCUGCUGAAGGAAGGAAGCAAAGCCAUUGGAUAUGUUCCUAGUACAUUAGUCUAUCCAGCUUUAACUUUCAUUUUGCUCUCAAUCUGUAUUUGCUACUGGGUCGUGACAGCCGUUUUCUUGGCGACAUCAGGGGUACCUGUGUACAAAGUCAUAGCUCCAGAGGGGCAUUGUAUACAUGAAAAUCAAACCUGUGACCCAGAGAUUUUUAAUACAACUGAAAUUGCCAAAGCUUGCCCUGGGGCUCUGUGUAACUUUGCUUUCUAUGGUGGAAAGAGCUUGUACCACCAAUACAUCCCUACCUUCCAUGUAUACAACUUAUUUGUCUUUCUCUGGCUUAUAAACUUCGUCGUUGCAUUGGGUCAGUGUGCCCUUGCUGGUGCAUUUGCUACUUAUUACUGGGCCAUGAAAAAACCUGAUGACAUCCCACGAUAUCCACUUUUUACUGCAUUUGGGCGAGCCAUACGAUAUCACACAGGAUCCCUAGCAUUUGGAUCUUUAAUUAUUGCAUUAAUUCAAAUGUUUAAAAUUGUCCUAGAAUACUUGGACCACCGUCUUAAACGUACCCAGAACACAUUGUCUAAAUUCCUACAAUGCUGCCUGAGAUGCUGCUUCUGGUGUUUAGAAAAUGCAAUAAAGUUUUUAAACAGAAAUGCCUAUAUUAUGAUUGCAAUAUAUGGCAGAAACUUCUGCAGGUCAGCAAAAGAUGCUUUCAAUCUGCUGAUGAGAAAUGUUUUAAAAGUUGCAGUUACAGAUGAAGUUACAUACUUUGUAUUAUUCCUGGGGAAAAUUCUAGUUGCUGGAAGUAUAGGUGUUCUGGCCUUCCUAUUCUUCACACAAAGACUGCCAGUGAUUGCACAAGGACCAGCAUCUUUAAAUUACUACUGGGUACCUUUGCUGACGGUCAUUUUGGGGUCUUACCUGAUUGCACAUGGGUUCUUCAGCGUCUAUGCAAUGUGUGUUGAAACAAUUUUCAUCUGCUUCUUGGAAGACUUAGAAAGAAAUGAUGGUUCUGCUGCAAGACCUUAUUACGUGAGUCAACCUCUGCUGAAGAUUUUCCAGGAGGAAAAUCCACAAACUAAGCAGCAGUAG